GGAGUGCUGUCUCAGAGGGGGCGUGGGUGAGUUUGGGCUUUAUAAACGCAGCGAAUGGGCUUCAGCACGGAACACACUUGUUGAGUGAUCUGUAGGAAGACAGUCUGACGCGAGCCUGACACACCUAAACACUCCGUUCGAUCGGAAAAUGACGACGGCGAUGAUGAGAAGAUUUGUGCUGUUCGUCUGCUUGUUCUUCACAGUCGUUCAGUCCAUCACAUGCGAGGCGAACAGGAUAGAUGUGCGCAAGAAGCACGAAAACGACGUGGCGCACCACAGCUCUGCCACAACAGCAGGAGCGUGGAAUCAGGAGAAGCCAAAGAGACUCUUUGCCAGGACUCGCUAUCUGUCUCAGCAGAGACAUCAUGUGGUGAGACCUAAGCCCAGGCCUGAGGCGGUUUCUCCAGCCCAGACUCCAGCGAGGCGCUGCGCCGGUCUGAUGGAGAGCUGCUCCCCGCUCACUCCCUGCUGUGACCCAUGUGCCUCCUGCCACUGCAGGCUCUUCAACACCAUCUGCCACUGCUGGAGACUCGGACACCUCUGCCCCAAGAAGACCUAAUCACCCCAGACGCACGUAUAUGGAUCGGUGCUUCUCAGCUGCUUUCACUUUAGCUCUGCACAUUGGACAUCAAAUGUUGUUUAGCGUACAAAAACAAAGUCAUGGAAAGUUGCUUAUUGGUUGGUUUAUAAGUAUUUCUUGAAAUUUGAUGGUAUCUCAUUCCCAGCUUUCAACAAUUCACCAUAUGAAGCCAUUUUUGUUUGUUUUUUGGUGAUGGCACAUCUGUCUCAUUUGACUCGCUUCUACCAAGAUUGUGCCAAAAUACUGCUCGAGUUUAGUUGCAUACUUUUGAUGUUGAAGGAAUAUUCUGUACAACUGGCAUAAUGUUGAUUACCACAGAAAUGAUCUCAUUUUUGCUUUAAAACCAGCAGAAAGCACUCGCACCACUUUAAGUGAACAAGGCCAAUUUUAAAAACAGAAAUGUAAAGCUUGUGAUUUAAAAAAAAAAGUUCCUACAUCAUUUUUUUUUUUUUUAAUUGAAGCGGUGAAGCUGUUAAAAUAAUUUUUAUAGUCAUUUAAGGUUUUAAAAUAUUUGUAGACAGAAAAGUUUAGUGAGUGAAAUCAUAUGAAAACAAAUAUUGUCAUCAUUGACAGAUUACCAUUUUGUGAAUUGUCAGUGUAAAACAAAAAACAUGCUUUUUUUUAAAGAAAGAGUUUCAAAGUGGAGAUUCAUAUUUGUGGUAAUGAAUGCAAUGCAGUUGAAUCUGGAAUAUUUCUUUAAGAAAAUAAAGAAAGCAUUUUGGUUACUCUUUACAAUAAGGUUUCAUUUGUUAACAUUAGUUAACAUGAACUUAACAAUGAAAAAUAAUAUUUAUUAAACUUAGUUCAUGUUCCUUUUUAUCAAAAUCAAAAGUUAUUAUCUGUUAAUUUUAUUAAAUGGACCUAACAAAGAACUAACAAAGAAAAAUCCCCCACAACCCCCUCUUGCUGUAACAAAUAGACUGCUCAUUAUUAGUUCAUGUUAAUGAAUGCAUUACCUAACUAUAACUAAUAGGACCUUAUUGUAAAGUGUUGCAAGCUUUUUUUCUCUUGCAUUUAGCAAAUACUUGUUCAGAACAGACCUCCAGGUCCACCAUAUAUAACACGCAUGCAGCUGUGCACCAGCAGGAUUUAUACCUGAGCUUCUACACACUCUCAUACUGCUAUAGCAUGCCAUGGAUCAUACAUGACAUUUAACAGUACAGUGAAUGUUUAACACCCAUAUGACUAGAGUUAUUCACUCUCUUUUUGCACCAUGACACUAAUAUGAUUUAUUAGCUGACUGGAGUUGUUACUACAGUAAACUCUUGUAGAAUUCAAGUUUCAUUUUUUUGCUGUUAUCCUCAAUAUUUUUCAACCCUUGUUAAGCAAGGGGCAUAUACUGUUUAACUUGUACAGAAUCAAUGUAACAGUGCCUAAAAAAGCUCAUUUUAGGUGCAGUAAAUGUGAAUCUAAUGUUAUCCUCAUACUGUGAUAUUUUAAUAACACGUUUUAAGAUGCUCA